AUGGGAAGCGCAAGUAGUAGUCCAGAAAUGAAACAGUUUGUAGAAAGCGAGGUCCAACAAAACGACGUUGUCGUAUUUUCCAAGUCUUACUGCCCUUACUGCAUCAAGACCAAGCAAUUGUUUGCCAAGCCAGAAUUUCAAGGCCUCAAGGUCAAGGCCAUCGAGCUCGAUCAAGUGAGCGAUGGUGGUGCCAUCCAAAGCACGCUGACUUCCAUGACUGGCCAACGAACUGUUCCUAGUGUUUGGGUGAAGGGGUCCUUCUUGGGAGGAAAUGAUGAUACCCACGGUGCCUACUCGAGUGGAAAACUGCAGGCAAUGCUCUAG